GUACGUUGGCAAGUCAGUAUUCCCGCUUUUUCCUAAAUGCAUUACAUUAUGCCGUGCGGAAAUGAAUAGCUUAAAGCUCUGUGCUAUUAUUUAACUAUUGUGUUAUACGGUGGUGUUAUUUGUUAAGAUUAGUUGCAGUACCUCGAUAUUUUUCAAUCUUAGAUGGAUCCAAAUGAUGCUGUGCCUUCAGGCACAUUUUCUGAAGAAGAAAAGCUGCCAGAAGGUAUGGAUGAAGAUUCCAGUUGGUUUACCAAGAAUCUUGGUGAUGAAAGUGACAAUACUGAAGGGAUGAGUUCCCAAAUCAACCAAGAUGAGCUUAGCCAGGGAAAUGACGAUAAUACAAAACCAACAGAAGAAGCUAUGGAGACUGACUCACCAUCUGAACUUCUUUCUGAAAUAACAGAAAAAAGUAAAAAGAAAGAAUUGACUGAAUUGAAGGACAUUGAAAUAAACAGCAAGAAACAUGAUAUUAGUAAUGAAUUAAAAGAAAUGUUUGAGGAGAAAAGUAGUGAUGCUGAGGAACUACAAGAGACUUCCUUGACCAAACAUUCGCUUGACACGGACAUCACGAAAGAGGACAAACUGAAAGACAUUGUGCCUGAUGAUAUAUUGGGAAAAGACGAUUCAUUUGAUGAACUUGACAAUGAUGCAUUGCACCAAGAGCUUGAAGCUCAUUUAACCUACGACAAAAGCGAACAACUCUCUGAGUUAAACAGCGAAAGUUCUAUAUCUCAUCCACAAGAAGGUGAACAUGACAGUCAAAAAGAAGCCGAAUCAGGUCCAGAGAUGACCAAACUUGAUGAGUUGAGUUUUGAAGGCAAGACAGAGUUGUUAAAUGAUAUAACAGAAAAUAUUGGCACUAAAGAAAUAGAUGAAAUCAUGCAAGAAAGUAACCCCGUCGAGGAGGAAGAUAAUGGUAACAAAACAAUUUCAGAGGAUAAGGAGAUUUCAAAAGAUUUAAUUAGCGAAUUGAAAGAAGAUUUAGAUAAUCAAAUAGAAAAUGUAACAGAUGAAACCAGUGCUAAAUCAGAACAAACAGAAGAAAAUACAGAGAAUGAAAACAUUGGAAACAUCGUAGAUAAAGAAAAUAUUGAAUUGAAUCAAGAAAACAUGAUGGUAGAAUUUGCUCAUGGUAGCGGUAAUCAAGUUUUGAUCCAGAUAAACACAGACAAGUCUGAAACAAAUGAAGAAGAUUCGGGGAAAUCAGAAGGCAUUGUGAUGGAGACUUCUGACGGACAAACUUUGGUAUUUUCUUCCUCCGAUGCAGCGGAGCCUGAUGAUGUGUCCCAGGUUGAGGGGGGAGCGGAGUUCCUGCAAGCUGUUACUGGCAAGCUGGAAGAUGUUCUAGCAACAGAGCCUGAAAAAGAACCAGACCUUCCUUCUACAACAGCCACCCAGUCCCCGACCAAAGCUACUCCUGUUGACAAGAAAGAAGUUCCAUCCAAGGACUCCCCUAGAUGCUGCGUUCCAACAUGUAAAAGUGGUAAAACGGGAUUAAAAACCACCUAUAGAUUCUUUAAACCUCCAGUAAAUAAAAUAUUGUACAAAAAGUGGGAAUAUGUAUUUAAACAGGCAAAACAAGAAUUGACUCCGGAAUUACAAAUUUGUGAGCUUCAUUUUCGAACGGGGCUAAUUUAUAAAAGGGGUAUAGACAAAUUUGGAAAAGUAUUAUGGGCCUUGAGAGAUGGAGCUUUACCAAAGCUUACUGCCUCUUCCGGACUGUUGCGAUUGGGCGGAGUUCCUCCUUCAACAACUGUACAAGUGCCAAAGAAACCAGAGUCGCUGAUUAAGCCAGCGACAUCCCCAACAAAGUCUGUCAGUCCUUCAGCUGCAGCACUAGCAGGAAAAUCUGCAAGUCCAGGCACUUCUGCAGCAGGAAUCAUAGGAACACCUAAAGUUUUAGGAAAGAAAAUUCUUCAGAAACCUGUGAAAACAGUAGCCACCAAGGUGUCAAAUGAAGUCACUGACAUUGGAUUCCUCUACAAAAAUCCUGAGUUGGUUAAAGGUAAAAAACUAAUUGCACAAGAUGAUUUGGCCAACCUCGAUGUACUUGUCUGCGGAGAGUGUCAUGCUGUAUUUCAUAUCCUCGAGCUUUUCCAGGCCCACAAGUUGGCUGCUAACUGUAAGGGCGAGUCCAACUUCAAAGGCAACCCGGCUGAACCAAAACCUCAAGUUUGGGCUUUCUUGUUGUGGAAGAGUGCACAAGCCAAAGUUUCAGAUGUGGAGAGCUCUUGGAGGCUGUACCAGCGCUGGUGCAAGAUGGAUGAGAAGAUCCGCAACGUGUGGAUUGCCGCUGGAAGGUCACUACAGGAGGGCAACGCCAUUGCUUCUCUCAAACUGACUGACACUUCUCCUAUCAAGACAUACCCUAAACCAGGAAGGCCAGCUUUGAAGAAGGACUCUGAUGAUGAGGAGCAUGCUCGGAAAAUUGUCAAACGGAAACCUGGAAGACCACCAGGGUCUGGAGCUUUGUCUGCCUCAGUUACAGAGCCCGCAGUUGGAGAUAUUGGAGGUGGUGGAGAUCUUGGGUCUGCGACGGAGCCUAUGGAUGUAGGAACUGACGGCUCUCCAGACAUCACCACCGGCGAUAUGGAAGUGGACCAGACAUUGGACAGUAUCAACAGAAGAACUCCUGAGAUGAUAACGUCCGAGGUGGAGAUCAAACAAGAAGUUGUAAGUGAUGACGAACACGAUGAAAACAAGGAGAAUUCCAGGAAAAAUGUUAAGCUGGACAUCUUAUUUAAUCCAGAUUCAGAUGAAAUUCAGAAUUGUGACAAGUGUAAGAGGCCGAUAAGCAACCCCAAAGGAGGAGUGCUAUGCGCUGGCGGGUGUUACGGAUACUAUCACAUAGAAUGUACACGGUUAAAAACCCACAGUGCCUUUUCAAAACUUGGUGUCAGAAAAGCCCAUUGGAAAUGUGACUUUUGCAAAGCAAUGCAAUUGCAGCUACCACCUCAGAGUCAAAGAUCAGCUGCUAAACAAAAGCAGCCAGAAAAGUCACAGCCACAGGUACCUUCUUCAGCUGGAAAUGAAGAAGAAGAAUUUGUCGUUGAAAAGAUUGUCUCCCGAAGAUACAACAUAAAAAAGAAGCACUAUGAAUAUCUAUUAAAAUGGGAAGGAUACCCAUCAGAGCAAAACACAUGGGAGCCAGCAGAGAACCUGGGCACUUGCCAGCACCUACUGAAGGCGUUUGAGGAAGCGUUGGCCAAGCAGCAAGCGGCCAAGCAGGCAGGGCUGGGCAAGCAGUCCAGCGGUGGAGGCAAGCAGGAAACCCCUUACAGGAUCAAACCUCCAGUCGUCCCCAACAAGAGGCCACCCCCCACUCCAGUCACGACCAGUGCCGGGAGACCUCAACGUAGCAGCAAACAAAAGGCGAUGGAUCAGGUGAAGCAGUGGUGCGGCUCCAUCGUCAAACCCACCGAUGAUGAUGGCUUGGGACUGAAGCGGAAGUUGUCAGAGUCAGACUCUGAGUAUGAGGGAGAAGAAGACGAUGUGGUAGUCAAGAAGGUGAAGGUGGAGAGGGACAGUGAGGACAGUGACUCGGACGGCUUCAAGCAGUCCCUCGGCCGACCCCGGAAUCGACCUCCCCUAGCCACUACUCCGAGGACUCCCAACACACAAGUGAACGGAGAGAACCUAGCUGCAGAGCUGGGAUUGGAGUCUGAGGAAGAAGAUAACACUGCUGCCAGCUCUCCUCAGAAGUCUCCUGUCGUGAGGAAGAUGUCUACACUCAGCCCUUCCAAGCAGCAGGUGUUGGUGGCUAGUGCUAAAGGUGUUGUCACCAUGGACCAGAAGCAGAUACCAAACCUGUCAUCCGGAGUCUACAUCAUGUCAAAUAAGUCCGGCAUUGUCAAAGUGGAUAACAACAAAACACUCUCCACUCUUCAAAAAUCCGGUGUGUUGAAAAAACCAUUUGUGAAGUCAGAAAAGAGUAGCGAGGACAGUUCAGCCUCACCUCAGAAGUCCAGUAGUGGCGUGGUUGUGUUGCCAAGAUCUGAGGCUGGCACUCCACAGCAGAAGGUUGGUGUGAUUCGCAAGACAAUUGCCUCCACUCCGACCACACAGACUACAACCACUUCACCUGGAACUCCUAAACCUACAGGACUGCUGAAACCUCUCAAAUCAGGGCUGUCUCCCAGACCAUCAGGAUUGCUGAAACCCACCGGCUCCCCAAUGAUCAGACCUCAGAAUCAAACUCCCAAUGCUAAUGCUAAGAUUCAGCCAAUGUUGAAACCAAGACUGAGCAACCCUGGUAGAGGCCGACCACCCAUCAGUCCUCUGAUCAAGAGGCCACUGGCUAGUGAAGGCGGCCUCCAUGCCACGCCGCAGCAAAAACUAUUGAUUGCAAAGAAGAAGGCGGAGAUUGAGAGUGAGGUUCGGCCAGAAGUGACUGCCUCUCCGAUGCCGAGGCCUCUGGUGAAACCCAAACUAGAGCCAGGAUUGCCUACUCCUCCCAUCAAGAGUACCAACAAGAUACUGACAAAUCCACUGCUGGCUAGAGGCAGGGGCCGUCCUGGCCUCCGCGGCAGAGGAAGAGGCAGCAGUCUCAGCCAGAUAAUGCACGUGAGAGAAAGAGAGCCGGAGCCUGAGCCUGUUAAAGAGAGUCGAUUGGUGGACAGUGACAAUUUACUGAUGGAGUUCCAAGAGCCAUCAGACUCUGAGGAAUCUGACGACGGACUAGAGGACAUCUUCCCUAACCUUGAUGAAUUGCCACCAAUUGAGCCAAACAGUCCUCCUCGACCACUCUCCCUAUGUCCGGAGACAGGCAAGGUGUUGUGUAAGGCCGAGGGAGAGAAGACACCCGAGCCCACACCCCCGCCCUCCCCUCCACCACCCACCCCGCCACCAGCACCUCCCAAAGUAGAGGAGCCCACACACAUACUGCCGGAGAUAGAGCAGGAGCCCGAGCCUGAGCCUGAGCCUGUGCCUGUGCCUGCGCCUGUGCCUGUGGUUACUGCGCCACCUGUCACAGCCCCAGUGUCAGUGUCUGUUACAUCUGGUACACCUCGGGGCAAGACCACCUCCACGGCUAUUGUCAAGCAAGACGGCAUGAUCUGCAAGGUAGAGAUGUCGCCGGGUGGCACUACAGGCACGUUGGUGGAGGCAAUCAGUGAAGCAGCAGCCCCCUCACCUCACGUUACUGAGGGAACUGUCACCAUCAAGAAGCCACGUAACCGCAACCUCAACCGAGGACCCCAGUUGUCCGUGGUACCCAACACGAGCAGCACGUCUCUAGGCACGAUCACAGUCCCGGCCCGCAAACUGUUCCAGGAGGACACCAGUGACGACAACAUGGUCACCAUCACUGGCGAGGAUGGAAUGGUUUAUCAGGUUAGCAACUCUGAGCUGACUGCAGGCAACACUCUGCUGGUGUCUAGUGAGGACGGAGAACAGCAGUGUGUGUAUGUCACUACAGGAGAUGAUGGGGGAGAAGGCACCAUACUGACACUGGACUCUGCCUAUGCCAACGCUGUGGCUCAACUGGGCUCUGAGCAGGUUAACAUCCUAAGCACGGAGGAUGGAGACCAGUACUUCAUCAAGGAGGACGACGUAGAGGGAGGAGAAGUGAUGACACUGGAGGGAGAUGAAGGACUGGUGGCUGGAGAUGACCAGAGUGGACAAGUGGUCGCUCAACUGGUGGAGGCUGGUGAACCUGCACCUGGUGGAUCAAGACGAGUCGUGUUGCUUCUACCUGAUGGAAACUUGAUGAUGACUGAAGUAGACGAGGAACAGUAUGCAGCUCUGGAUCUUGAUAAAUAAACACCCACCACAACAUUGAAUAGUUUGUCAACCAACGUUUAGCAAUUAUUUUUAUAUUUAUUUUAGGCAGAGAAAUAUAGCCUAUACACUGUUGUACAUAUUGGACAAACCAUAGGAUUAAACUUUGUAUAUACUUAAAAUAUUUCUUAACUAUUUUUAACAUAAUAAAAUUUGUACUACAAAAAUUAUUUAUAAAACAUUGCUUGCCAUAAAUUGACCAUAACAGAAAAUCUCUUAGGUUAUUCCGUGACAUUGGAAAAUCUACUUGAAGUGCUUUAUGGUAAAAGGUUCAAUUAUUUUCAAGACUUUACUUGCAUUGUUGUAGAAGAACAAAUGUUUUUAAUUUGUCCUUAAGUUUAGAACGUUCAUACUCAUGAUUGUACUGAGCAAAACUGAUCUCAUAAAACAAGAAAACCACUAGGUUCUCAAACUGUACAUUCUUAAAGCAAAAUUAUAGUGUCUGUUUGUUUGUAUUGGGUUGUGACUGACUUUAACUUUUGCUUAAUUAGGUGUUCAUAAAUAUUUAAAAUAUCUACAAUUGUUUUAAAAGGCUGCCACUUUUAUCACAAAUCCGGACACUUGUAAACAAACAAAAUAACACUCAGAUCUAUUGCUUGACUUCUAUCUAAUCCAUCACUCUCUUUCUGUUUUUAUGAUUGGUAAGUGAUGCAAAUGCAAUUUAAAUAAUCUGUUAAUAUAUAUAAUAUUUAUUAAAAACAACAUACAUUUUAAAAUAGGUUUAAUAUGUCUAGUUUUUUCUUGUUUGUUAAAUAUUGUAUUUUUCUUUAUUUUGAUUUUUAAUUAGAAUAAUCAAUUGUGUAGUUCAAAUGUUGGUGUAUAUAUUACUAUUGUGUUGGAGGAGAAGAAAAAACACAAGACGUGGGAUAUGUUACAAAAGUGUUAGUGUGUCUGAUAGAUUUAUUUUUAAAUAUAUGUAGACUUAUUAUGUACAUAAAAUAAAAUGUAAAUACACAUUUUGCAGGUUCAUUUGAAUAAAAGAUUUA